UUCUUAAAUGGCUGCGUUUGUCUUCUGCGUCAAUCCUGCGCAGUAUUGAUCCGGUUAAAUCCAUUAAAUGAGUCAAGGGGCGUGGCUUUCAGAAGUCGCUAUGCAACGCGCGUAAACACAGCCGUGAACAACAAUACAAUCAAUCAAAUUAAUUUAAUGACUCCAUUCAUUAAAGAUUUCAGCGAAAUAAACCAACUUUGGUUGAGGAAACUACACCGAGAAUCAGUCCGUCCGGCGGGAGAUCAUCUAUGAUCAUAUCGAGAGAAAUGGAGAGUUAUGAGCAGUUCUGCAGUAGAACACUGAACACGCUGAUGCCCCCUGCCUGCAGUACACCCCAACAACAACAGGGGGCGCUGUCCACAAUGCACUUCUAUGGCAGGAGACUGUUACAGCCUGUGGUGAGAACAAAGACCUUAUUUGACCCUUUGGACAUGACAGACAGAUGAGAAGUGUAUUGUUGUGUAUUAGUGACACGUGUGUUGUGUAUUGUUGUGUAGUGGUCGUCACACUGUCUUGUGCUUUUGUUGUGUUAUGACACUGUUGCCUAGAGACGGGUAAUCACAGGUAGUGAAUCAGUAGUGAAUUUUAGUAAACACAGUAGUAACUCUGAGCAGCAUGCUGAAAACUACACAAACAAUCACUGACGGUACUUAAAGCAACACGGCUCUACAGUAAGACUGUCAGAUUAUCAGUAAGGUUAAGUGAAGAGUUGCGUGUUCAGAUGGCAGAAGAGAGACAGACAGCUGUCCAGAGAGACAGGAAGAGACAGACAGGACAGAAAGAGACUCUGCUUGAACGAGUGCAGGACAUUCUCAACAAUAUUCAAUUGCAAAAGAUCCAGAAUGAGCCACAAGGCCUCCCCCCAACUUAUGGGUCCAAAACGAGCCCGCUCAGCUCCAUCAGACCCACUUGCGUAAGACCGGAUCAGAACCAGACCGUCAGUCCCAGCAGCUCUCUGAAGAAAGAGACCCUCAGACUGCUCAACCAGCGCAUGGAGAGAGUGAAGAACAUCCCGGAACAUCUCCACAGAUCGUCCGAUGAGUCCAGUACUGAAUCUGUUCUAGGCGGUCUCUCUUUCAGUCUGACGGGUUCUUACGCACGGUUACCCAGCCCUAAGCCCAGCCGGAGCCCUCGGAGCACACGGAGACCUCGCCCGCAGCCCGCCGCGAACAUCCUCAUCUCCUGCCCCAUCAACGAGUCAGAGCUCAGUCUAAACGAAUCUGAAAGUGAAGCACAACAACAUUCAACUUUUAACGAAUCUCGCCUCUCCCCCUCUGGUGCUGAAUGGAACUGCAGCUGUUCUAAGUUAAGUGAUAGACAGCUGUCAAUCACUACCUCCACACCCAACAGUGCCAGUUGCAGCAAAGAAAUGACCAGCUUAACCAGGUCACCACAAGACGUGACCUGUGAGAAAGGCAAACCAGCUCAUCGUUCACCCCCGGCGCCACUAAACCAGUCGUAUGAUGUGGAGAGUCCGUCCCCCUCUCUGAUCAGACCUCAGGUGGUGUCCACGCCCCCAUCAGACUCCGUCAGGGCGGUCCGACACAGAUUACAGCUGAAAGGAGACUCACAUGAACAGGAAGUGUCUGUGAAGACGAUGAAGGCUUUCUGUCGUCUCGGCGCCGUGGCACGAGGUUUUCUGACUCGCAGACUCCUGCAAACUUGCAAAAUCACACACCUGCGCAAAACUGUACAGGACUCCAGAGAAUUCAUCCGCUCAUUCCAGACUGAAUCCCAGCUGAAGAGAGUCUCUGUAUCCCAUCAGGAUCUGACAUUACAACACAGACUCACAGCACAGCUGCGAGCAGCAUUGCACGAUGUGCAUCAAAUCUUCUUUGUGUGGCCGUUGACAAACAGACUGCAGUUACUGCAACAGGACCGAGAGAUACGCAAAGAAAGACGACUUCGAGAGGUGGUACACAAACACACUCUUGUGCAAACACUGACAUCAUGCGUCUCUCAGGAGAAACACAAGAGUCCUGCGAACACACAGAUUCUGUCGUCUGCCACACUGAAGACACUUCACAGGAAAACUCACAGGCAGGUGAAGAUGCUCAAGGGUCCAGCUGUGAGACAUGAAACACAUUCACAGCACUGCAAACAGAGGAGUGCACUGAAGAAGAGAGACGAGUGUUCGGGGGUGAGACAGCAUUUGGUUAAGAGGAAACAUUUGUCCCUGGGAUAGACACACACACACACCACACCGGACACAGACACACACACACACACACACACACGGACACAGACACACACACACCACACCGGACACAGACACAGACACACACACACACACACACACACACAC